AUGUGGAGCGAGCUAUUUGCCAUAAGAAUACCUCUAGCAGCACCAGCAGCAGCACCAGCAGCAGCAGGAGCAGCAGGAGCAGGAGGAAAUGAUACAGUUGCAGCACCCCCUGCAGCAGCAGCAGCAGCAGGAGCAGCAGCAGCAGGAGAGGAGAGGUUCCCCUUCCAGGCUGAGGUAAAAAGAGUAUUAGAUAUAAUAGUAAAUAGUUUAUAUACAGAUAAGGAUGUAUUCCUUAGGGAGCUUAUAUCUAAUGCAGCAGAUGCAUCAGAUAAGAAGCGUGUACUGCAGCAGCAGCAGCAGCAGCAGCAGCAAGGACAGCAGCAGCAAUAUAAAGGAUCUAUAAGAGUAUAUGCAAAUAAGAAGGAGGGUACAUUAACAAUAGAGGAUGAUGGUAUAGGUAUGACUAAGCAAGAACUAAUUGAUCAUCUAGGUACUAUAGCACAAUCAGGUACAUAUAAAUUUGCUCAGCAUCUACAGCAGCAGCAGCAGCAGCAGCAACAGCAGCAGGAAUUGGAUCCACAACAGCAGCAGCAGCAGCAGCAGCAGCAGCAGCUAAAUGCUAAUGAUCUUAUAGGACAAUUUGGUGUUGGUUUCUAUUCUGCUUUCUUAGUAGCAGAUAAGGUAGAGGUUAUCUCCUCUCGUUGGACCCCACCACCACCACCAUCAGCAGCAGCAGCAGCAGCAGCAGCAGGAGCAGCAGGAGCAGGAGCAGCAGCAGCAGCAGCAGGAGGAGCACCAGAAGUAUGGAAAUGGAGCUCAAGUUGUGGUCAGACAUUUUCAAUAAAAAAGAUGAAUGCAGCAGCAGAGCAAGAACGUUAUAUGCAGCAGCAGCAGCAACUGCAGCAAAGUUUAUAUGAUGAAUUAGUAAGAGAUAAGACCCAUGUUAUAACCAAUAGAAAUAAAGAUAAUAAGGAGGAGAAUAAUAAUAAUAAGGAGCAGCAGCAGCAGCAGCAACAGCAACAGAAUAAUUACUGGACAG